AUGGAUGCACACAGCGUCCUCCAUACCAGCACUCUGGGAGGUAGCACUCUGGGAGGUUAUUCUAGAAGCAUAUAUCCCGAGGACCAUAUAGUACAGAAGAUGACUGAUCCUGUAUCUCAACCACAUUACGCUUAUGUCAAAGCACUGCUGCUGUACGAUGAACCUUCGGACUUUCGUCCCGAUCAUUACCGGGAGAUUAGGAAGCUGAAGAACCUCUUCGAGAGCCUGAACUUUGAGACGCGGUCCUAUGGCAUCUCUACCGACGACAAUCCUCAAGUAGUAUACGAUAUAGUGGAGGAUGAGCAUAUAACAAUCACACACAAGACGCGUGCUCUUGGUGCGUCUUGCCUGUUGAUCAUUUACUACGCCGAGGAUACAGACAACGAUUAUAGCAAACAGUAUGCUGAACCUGGAUGGGCCCAGACUUUAUUGGCGUUCUGGCGACCUCACCGAGUACGUGGGUCACACUUCGAUUGGCACAAGAUACAAAGUCUCUUCGACAAUGCUAUCUUUGAUAUUUUUCUCAUCUUGGAUUGUUCACGUUCCGUUUCAGAUGCUGCAAAAUACACGGAUUUCUAUCGCAGUGAUCUCUUUGGCCGAAUAGAGCUACUUGCAGCCAUACAUGAUACGGCUAAGAUCCCAGUACCGGGAGACUUCUUAUUCACAAGAAUCAUGACUGCGACCAUGAAAGAGAUGAUUACGAAGUUUGGCAGGAUCGAGAUCUCCAAACUUCAUGCCUUAAUGGGUCAACAAAGUCCUGAAGGCUAUACUGUUCCUGCCUACGCCCGUCUUCGUGAAGGCGCUUCUAAGCGGGCUAUCAUGCUUGAGAGACAACAUGGUCUAGAGCAAGGACAGCGAGUGACAAAUUGGAAUGUACCUUUGCUCUCCCGCCCUUCAGCUGGCAGGUUCUCGUCAAGGCUGAACUCCCUCUCAUACGCCGGAAAGCAGUCAUUCAGGAACGAUAUAUCGACACGACUCCCAGGAGGUGAAACCUUCAACUCUUUAGAUGAUUUCAGUAUUCUGGAACAGCCACGUCGUUUGAAAAGGACCUCUCCAACACGGAGUAUCCAUACGACUAAGGCCGAUACCUCUCAUUUCUAUCCAGAUCUAAGAGACGAACGUGCGCCUUCCUUACCGAAAUAUACGCUAUCGUCAGAGGAAAUUCCGGUACUGUAUUCCACGUUGGUGAUUGGGCCGAAACUUGUCAAACUUAUUGCCCAACGACUGAUGAAGGACACACAAGCGAUUGCCGAUCUUGAACCCAUAAGCCAAAUUCCGCCUCUUGAAAUCGGCAACUGGCUGGAGGUUUUCGCGUGGAGAUUGCAUGAAGAAUCUACAACGCCACUUCAACGGGAAGCAUCGGUAUGUCUCUUUGACGGAAGCAGCAGUCUUGUCAGCGUUAUGCACGGAAGUGAGCCUCUUGAAGAAGACGACCUUAGCGUUCGAACAGAUACUACUGCAUGCUCGCCACUUGCACAGGAACAGGAAGCUCUAAUCUACCCAUCUCAAAGAGUCUCCAAACCGCAAUUGGAGCGAUACGAAGAAUGGAUUUUGAAGUCAGAUGCCUACCGCUGGCUCCUCGCAAAGCUCAAGCUCAGGACCCAAGUCUACUGUCCGAGUCCUAACAUCAAGGAUCAAAUUGGAUCGGACAUACGUCGCGCGGUUUAUGUGACUUGGGACCUGGUGAAGUAUAUUGAGUCACUAGAAGUGUCACCUUCUCCAGAUAUGUGGAAUCGUAUAUUGUGUCUGACGGGCUCAAGCAAUGACGUUCAGUCUGUCACCGUGGGCACAUAUCUCCGCCAAACAUGGCCAACUACUGGUGAACGACUGGAAGGUAUGCUUUUGGAGCUCUUAAAUUGCCAGCCACGUCAGGCAUGCUCAUAUGUUCUUUCGCCUACCCUUCGCGUAGAAAUCAGCGUUUUGUACACCGAUGAGUACUUUAUAGUGGCUUAUGGGAACCCGUACACGAUACCCGAAUUUGCAGAGCAGAUAACAUGGCUAGCGGCAGCACUACGCGUAUCACCACCACAAGCAACACCAGUUAUGAUGUCACCGCGCAUGACAAUCUUAUCAGUGGAAACAUCGACCGAACAAGAAGCCAAAAGAAUCAUGAUAUCGAGCGCGCUCACUUUCGACAUUCAAGAUAGCGAGCAGCCUCCCGUGUCAGUCAAAGGUACUUGUUGGAUCAAGCUGUUUACGAACCCUAUCGUAGUCAGUGGUUAUCCUAUACUCCGAAAGUCAACGCCAGCUGCAGGUCUUGAGGCAUCGCUAGGCAUCAUGGCCAGCCUCUUACAAGCCCAACAAGUAGUUCGCCUGGAGAAUCGGAUCGUUAUGAAAGGCUUCGACACGUUGCUGGUCGCUACUGAAAUUGUCUUGGAUGACAAUGUCAUUAUGUGGCAUGCUUAUACCAGCAACAACCCGGGCAAGCGUAUAUCUUACUUCGACCCUCGGAUAGAGGAAACGACUUCAAAUGAAAGAGAACUGCCUUUGCUCCGCUCACUGAGAAACUGUCGUCAUAUCAUUGGAUGGUGUUCGGAAGCGGCAGACUUUUGCGGUCAUCCUCAGGCUGAUCUCAAUGUCUCCGCAUCUGGAACACUGCCAUCUCCUUCGUACAGUGUCAUCGACCGUCUAUACAUUGAAGGAGGCAUGUAUGUGAUAGGCGGCUUGAAUGCACGGAUCAACCAGAGAGAGCAACCAAUAAUAUCUGGAGAGGCCCGUGAUUUCUCCCAGGUGCUCAGUUGGUUGAGUGAGCAGUUUAUCAACUUUUACGACGUGACAGACCGCAGAGCUUGGCUAGUUGAUGGUGCUUCGGCACUACUCCACCUUGUCCGAAUCUCUCUACAAUUGGACGAGACCAACCCUGACAGCACGUAUGAUUGGGUCUUUGACAAAAGCCAGCUGAAAGAAAAUUGGAUCGAUCGGGGCGGGCGCACUGCAGCAAAACGUACACUAAGAGAUUGGGAGAACCGAGCGCUGAACGUCUACAUAAAAGACCGUUCCUUCGGGAAUGGCCAGCCAGUCGACACGUACUCAACUUUUGGAAACAGAGUGGACAAGAUACUACAUACGCUGGAGCUCAUCGUCGAAGCCCGAACCCGUGCAGCUGCAGAAGGAGGCACAAGGAUCACUCAGAGCUUCGACACCCGGAAAAGCAUCGUAGGUUUCGACAUCCUCGAUCUUGUCAAAUCUCGUCCUCAGUUUCUUUCUCGUAUCGAACGAUUCAGCUCUGGGGAAAACGGUUGGAUCGAUCUAUUACCUACUAUAGGGGUGCUCACGGUCUUUGGCAAGGGCUUCGGAGACCUCAUCCGCCCUAGUAAUGCUGACGCUAUGUGCGUAGCAUGGCGAUCCGUACCUAAGGGUGAGGAUUAUCUGACCUCUUCUGUUCCAACUCUUACAUUACUGUAUAAAGAGAAGCUACAGCAAUUAGAGCCUGGGCUGAAAGAGGGAGGUUUAACGCGCAAGCUUGAAUGGGUGUCGUCAUGUCGGCCUUUCGACACUUGCCAGUGCCUGAAGGGCAAGCAAACUAUAAAGGCGGAUCAUCACAAUCCAGCGCAGUACAUAGUGUCCAAGAAGUUUUUACGGACGCGUAUGUUGAAAGAGGCAGUUCCUGUCGAUGUAUCUUCCUUGAAAGCAACCAGCGCUGUUGUGUUUGUCAACCUCUCAAGUUCAGGUCGUCGCAUUAAACCCAAGGUUGUCAAAGAGACCGAACACCACUUACAACAACCCACAGUGGGCACUGCAUCGAGUAGCGGUGACGGAAGCCUGACAGCCUCGGCUAGCCAGUCCACUACAGCUCAGUCGUCAGACUCCACAAACGCGACCGAAACAAGCGCAUAUGUUGCAGAUCCGGCGACUGAUCAGGGCCGAAGUGGACCAGUUGAGGACCAGGGUAUAUCGUCCAAGUGGAAAGAAAAGAUGAAGAAAAAGCUGAAGACAUUGUAUCCAUCUCAAAGGCGUCCGGCCCCAUGA